GAAUAAAAACUACAUGUAUCCAGUCAUGAGUUAUUAAAACUGCAUGUAUCCAGUCAUGAGUUCAUUAAAAAUGCAUGUACCAAGUCAUGAGUAGACACAACAACAUGCAACCAGACAGGAACUAAAUACAGUUCAAUGGUAUAAGACAUGCGUUCAUUAAAAUAUAACUACAUGUAUUAGAUAUGAGUUAACGAUUUAUUGACACACACACAAUUCAAACGAUAGAGAUAAUUAAAAAGUCUAUUGAUUGUUAUCAUUCUUGUUUUGUUUAUUCCAGCAAUUGGAAGCUUUACAAAAAAGUUUGAUGCCGGUCCAGGAUGGAAUAAUCGCACUGAUUAAAUUGACGGCCAAAUUAACGAAGGAUACGGAAAAAGCUGAAGCCACCGUUGUAUUGGGAGAGCUACGUAAAGCUGAUGAAUCGAUGCGAGACCGUUUGUUUGUAUUACAGGUGUGGCGAAAAUACGACCAGGAAACGGCAGACAAAUUUGCCAGGAGAAAAGCUGGUGAAUUCCUGGAUCCAGAUCUUGCCAAGGUCUUGGGGGAACAAGAAAAGAGAGCUGACCGAAUCAAACGCGAACCGAAAGACAAACAAAUGUUUCGCAGUCAACCGAAGCGAUUCCGAGGAUCAUACUACGAAGGUCACGGCUCAAAUUCACCAGACUUCAAUAGCCAACAACAUUUUGGGCGCGGUGGAUAUGGAUCACGAGGUCGUGGAGGAGGUACUAGAGGCAGAAAACAGCCAGGACCCGACCACAAAUGUCACAAGUGUGGAUCAACUGAGCAUUUCUUCAAGAAUUGCACAAAGAAUUGUACGGAAUUUAAUGAUGAUGAUACUAGAAACACUAACACAUUGACCCAACAGAAAGAAGCUCCUGUAGAGCAAAUUGACAUUGAACAUAAAGAGACACAGCAUGCCCAAGCUCAGUUUUCACCAGGAUCUAUCCACUCAGAAGAGGUCAGAGAAUUCUGGAAGAAGGAGCUAAAUGCAAAUGAGUGGGUGAUGCUGACACUGAAAGAAGGCUACGUUAUUCCUUUCAAAGAGUUCCCCCCAAAGUAUGAAGUACCCAAUAAUGCAUCGGCCAUUCGCGAAAUGACUUUCACGUACGAAACCGUUCUUGAAUUGAAGAAUUCUGGAGUAGUCAAGUAUACCAAUGAAAAACCACAUUGUGUGUCACCACUCACUGUCUCAUACAAGACCGGAAGAGACGUCUCAAUAAAGAAAAGACUUUGUUUGGACGGAUAG